ACACCAUAUUGAAUGACACUCCUGCGUUUUUCGUGACCAUGACUGAGGAUUUCGCUCGAAAGGUUCUAUCUAUUCCUGUCGCUCAGGUCGUUCGAAGUAUGUCUUUCGAGACGGCGGAGCAGUCUUCUCUGGAGGUCCUUACUGACAUCAUGCAAGCCUUCAUCGAAGAAGUGGGAUAUCGGGCUCAGAGAAGUGCCGACAUAGCCGGCAGGAACGAAAGCAACUUCCACGACAUCCUGUUCAGUCUUCAGGACUUGGGAAUUUCAAUCGACAACGUCAUUGCUUUCUAUCAAAAGGUGGACAUCCGAUACGAACUAGGAGACAUUCGAUUUCCUGAGGAACCUGCUACUUUUCCUGGAAUUUUGAGAAGCUCCAAGUCAGAACUGCCCGAACACAUUCCCAGUUUUCUUCCCGUUUUUCCGGACGACCACACUUACAAAAAGGUGCCCUUGUACGACUAUCGAGAGACGAAUCCCAAAAAAAUUCGCGAGCUCAAGGCUCACCAGAGCGUUCAGGCAGAAAACUAUUUGGCCUCGCUGCAUCAGCACACUUCCGGGAAUCAAGGCAUUAUCAACUACGACCAAAUCAACGACCCGAAAACCGCGCAGACGGGCGAGACGCUCUUCAAGCCCGCGAAGGACAUUUCGCAGUUGACGGCCUCUCAAGAGUCCGAAGUUAAGACCACCAUUUCUAUGACGCCGCUCCAUGUUGAUUCCGAGCGGGUCACCUCUCUCCUCUCCAAGUCGCCUCAGCCCUCCGGCGCUCCUUCUGACGGCUUGGACCAGGAGCAGUCGAGUCAUCCGAAGUCGUCGACUGAAGAAAACCUGCAGAAAAUUUUGAACCUGAGGCACAGAAGCGGCGGCAUCGACUCUUUGUAAAUGAAAAGGAAAAAGGCGGGUGGAAGAGAGAGGUUCGCAACACACCUCGCGCACAAUUUGCUCUCUAGGAAAAAAAAAUGUUUUUUGACGCUUUGAUUUGUCACUCCCGUUGUGUAUGGGGGAGUGCGAUAAAAAAAAAAUAAAUAAAUUCACUCAUUUCACAGUUCGACGCGUUUUCUGUCACGCUACGAGCACCGCGCAACGAAGGGCUCCAUCUAUGAAGUGCGCGAGAUGCGAAGGCGUCGAGUUCGACCGUGAGGUCGAUUUGUCUGGAACGGUGAUUGGCUUCGUCUGCUCUAAAUGCGACACGCGAUACGAGCACGCAAUUGUUCAGGUCACCGAGCAAGAACGGGACAACCCAGAAGGCGCGCCUCCCAAGAAACUGCCGAUGAGAUGCGUCAUUCAAACGGGCUCGGUGAGUUCCAAGAGCGCUAUGUCGUUCGAAGAGGGUUUGCAGCUGAUUUUGCGAAAUCAGGUGGAAGCGCUGGUCCGAACUUUCAAGCUGCCCAAAGCGCUCGUUUCUGUUGUCGGGAAGCUUUGGUUUUGCUUCCUAACUUCCAAGAGCAUCAUGUUUCACAAGAAGCGCCCUCUCUCCGCGCAGAUCCAUCUGAAGAGCUCGGAAAAGCGUCGAAAAACGGAAGAUUCGAAAGAACAAGACCUGACGGUGCUGGACGCCAACAGCGACGUUUUAACGGAUAACUUGACGCAGCCUUGCACAACAACGAGCAACUGUGCUCAGAACGUCACCAUUCGAUUUGAUUUUCCGAAAGAAGACAAAUCGAUUUUCGAAAAAUCCGACGACGACGAAAGUACCGACGAGGAACAACAAAUAGAACAGAUGAUCCCAUCUUUGCGCGUACUCAGAAAGAAAUAUAUUUUGGACCUCGCGCGCCAUCGCAACAUUUUGUUUGUAACGCUUGUCAUUUUGUUUGUUUCCUGUUUAUUUUUGCGCCUUCCUAUUUUCCCAUUUGAUAUUUGCAAAUGGGCGAGGUGCGGGAAACUCCCCUAUUUUUCUGCGCAUCGACUUCUUCCAAGGACCAUGGCCAAAAGAGCCCACCUGUGUCCACUUCAAGUGCCAACGUCAAGCCACUUGGAAAAGUAUAGCUGUCGGUUUCUAGACCAGCUCAAACUCGACCUCGCUUGGCCGCCCGUCAAUAUACCGCCCAU